UAUUUCUUGUUGUUGGCUUGGGCACAUUGAAAUCGGUAAAAGCGACUGCGGAUGAUUUCGUAAUGAGAACUUGAAAAGAAAAAAAACUUGUGGAAAAAGUCAUUUCUUCAGCAGAUCGUCGUUGAUCAGUAACGCAAAGUUCAGCGCAUAUUUUCUUUGAUUGCUUAAAUAACUUAGUAGAAAUCUCACAGAAGGAAAGCUAAAAUAGAUUUGUUUAGAAGACAGAGAUCGUUUCAAAAAUAUAUAUGUGCACACGAUGCUACUACGCAUAUGUAUAAAUAUAUACAUAAAUGUAUAAAUAUAUAAUUUCGUUCGUUAUAUUUUCUUGUUAAACCGGCGCUUAUUAAGCUUCGAAGUGAUUUUUUCCUGCUUUUCGAUUCUUUUUUCCUUGCGGUUUUAUAGCUGUGUGUGGUGUAAUUUUCGCUUCGUUUAUUAUCAUCAUUAUUUUCGAUUUCAAUAUUAUGAAUACGUAAUAGUUUUGAAAACGCGUAAAUAAACGUUUCUAUGCCCGAGCUUUUUGAUUGUUACAAAUGUGAAUAAAUUUUAUUAUCUGCGCACUCUAUCUUCCUUUGAAUUGAUUGCAGAGCUGAUAACGAACGCAUGUCUCAUGUUCAACACAUCUAAACAGUGCCCUGCAAUACCCUAUAUUUAUAUAUAAAUUGAACUAAGUAAAAAUAAAAAAGAAUAAAUGGAAUCUAACGACAAUGCUCUAAAAAUAUAAACAAUCAAAUGAUCACCAACUACAUACGUACAUAUAACGCUGACAACUGCAGUACAAACUAAUAAAUUGUUAUAAAAAUAAUAACAAUAAUAGAAAUUAUAAACAAAUAACUGUAAAGUCUGUCAAUUGUCUCUCGUAUUUUUUUUCUUAUUGUAUUUGGUUUUAUUUUUUCAAUAUUUAAUAAAUAAUUAGAUAAUAAAUUCUACGCGGUUUUAGAUUAAAAGACGUUUACAAUGAACAAUUUGCUUUAACGAGAACUCGCCCUGGAAUUAUUACUUCGAUGAUAGGUAACCGUUGGCAAUUUUCGUUUUCUUUUUGACCACUCUUUCGUAUGACCGCGUAAAAGUUUAAUCGAUUGUUUUUGUGAGUAAACGACGUGAUAAAUUAUAAAUAUUUCCGAUAGGAAAGUGGCUGCGUGUGCGUGCAUUUACGGAUUCCAAACAUUAAUAAAUAAAACAAACACUAAAAAUUCCAAUUUAAUCCCUUUGAACGUAACCCGAGUCUAAAAGAUGAAAAAAUACAUCGAUUUUCAAACAUUUCACUUCCAUUGGGCUGACUAUUUAGUGUUUGCAGCAAUGAUUUUUUUAUCAACUGGUACCGGUCUCUUCUUUGCAUUUUACAAAAAAGAAAAAGCUAUUGAAUUAGGACAGCAAGAUAUUGAUAGCGGGGAGAAGAGAAGGAAAAAUGAUUUUGAUACAUCGAAUAUGAACGAAUAUUUAUUGGGUUCAAGAAAAUUAAAAAUAUUUCCGGUAUCGAUGAGUUUGGUCGGUAGUUAUGUAUCUGGUGUCACUAUACUCGGUACCGUAUCAGAAAUUUAUUAUUUCGGCACUCAAUAUUGGAUGAUCGUGAUUUCUAUUGUAUUUAUGGCUGUAGCUGUAUCAAAAAUUUACUUACCAGUUUUUUCCGUUUUACGUGUGAAUUCAUCCUAUGAGUACUUGGAAAUGCGAUUUAGUCCUGCAAUACGAAGCCUGGCUUCAAUCAUGUUUGUAAUGGACGAGAUGUUCUUCUUACCAAUCGUUCUCUACGUGCCUUCGAUAGCCUUCAACCAAGUUACUGGCAUCAAUGUGCACGUAAUCAGCACAGUAAUCUGCAUCAUAUGUGUGAUUUAUACAAUAUUGGGCGGCAUUAAGGCAGUCGUUCAUACGGAUGCCUGGCAAAUUUUAGUAAUGUUUGUGUCUGUGAUGGUAGUCGUGACAAUUGGUUGCUUCAAAGCGGGCAGCAUUGGGGACGUCUUUCAAACGGCCUCCGAGGGUGGUCGUCUAAUAUUUGCCGACAUUAAUCCGUCCAUGUAUCAGCGGCAAACGUUAUGGGGUGUUCUGAUUGGUGGCUUUUUUUAUUGGACCUCUUUCAAUGCGGUAAAUCAAACUAUGGUCCAACGUUAUAUGUCAUUACCAUCCUUGAGAAAGGCUCAAUGGUCCAUAUUUAUUUUUACUAUAGGCAUAAUAGCUUUCAUAUCAGUCUGUUGUUUUGCCGGCCUCUUGGUGUAUGAGUUCUAUACCAAAUGUGAUCCCAUGAGCGCUGGUUUAAUAACGCACGAUGAUCAACUUUUGCCGGUUUUUGUAAUGCAAACCGUUGGCCAUUAUUAUGGUGUGCCGGGACUUUUUAUAGCUGGUGUGUUCGGUGCUGCUCUAAGCUCGCUGUCAGUUGUGUUAAAUUCUACCGCCUUGGUGAUGCUGGAGGAUAUAGUGAAAGGUUGUUUACGUCUGAAAUUAACGGAACGUAGCUCGACUAUUCUAGUCAAGGGCUGUAUUUUGAUAUUGGGAGUUGUAGCCGUCGCUUUGGUAUUCGUGUUGGAGCAAUUAAGUGGCAUAUUGAGCGUAGCCACAUCCGUCACUGCAAUUGCGGCCGGUACUACUUGCGGUCUAUUCACAUUAGGCAUGUUGGUGCCGUGGAGCAACAGUAUUGGUGCACUAGUGGGUGCUAUUGCUGGUGCGUGUAUAUCUGGUUGGAUAUCUUUCGGCUCGCAAAUCGCUUUUGCUAACGGCUAUGUAACACCCCAUAAACUAGAAAUAUCAGUGGAAGAUUGCCCGGGAAACGUCACUAUGCCCGACAAUGUUUACAUUGACGAAUCGGACGUAUUCCCAUUGCAUAGGCUCUCUUUUCAUUGGAUUAAUCCUAUUGGAGUUCUCACUACUGUUCUGGUAGGGACUAUAGUAUCAUUUAUAUCCGGACCGACGGUACUCAAAAAACUAGAUGCUGAACUAAUAUCUCCCGUUCUACAUAGGUAUUUGCCAAAAGAAUGCUUCCCGCCAUCUAGUAUUACUAACGAGAUGACAAGAGAAAAUACCGCUACUCAUCUGUUAAAUGAUGGUCGCGGAAAAGGCGGUAGUGAAACUGGUGAGAGCAGUGAUAAUAGUGGAAAAUAUUAAUGUAAUUUAAAUGUUGAAUAGAAACAAAAAAUUCCUAAAUAAAGUGUUUUGCCAAACGUAGUCUGAAUCUGUACAAUCCGCCAGUUUAAGCGGCGAUAAUUAAGUCAGUUCAAAUUCAUGCACUUUACCUUAUUGAUUAGUUUAUCAAAACAAACUAUAGGUUAAUGUUAUUACUGAUUAGUUACUGAUAAGUUUAAAUAAUUUUGUUUUAUAGACAAAUAAAAAACCAACGAUU